AUGUUAGAUCGUAAUCGUAGAAUAAAGGAUAUGCCACAGAAGUUUCAACAUUUCAGUGGGAAAUUUGAUGUGAUUAUAUGCUUGGAGGAAAGAGUAUAUGAUCAGAUAGUGGAAGAUUUACAGACGCGCGACACAAAUGAAGGGGACAGUGUCCAUGUCAUCAACAUUGAUAUACAGGAUAACCAUGAAGAGGCUGCAAUAGGAGCUUUAUUUGUUUGCGAUUUAUGUGCUAAGGUUUGUAUAUUGAAUUGUUCUCGUAAUAGUUCUAAAUAUCACUACGGGAAGUAG